AAGUAUACACCAUUCUACAUUUUAUAAAACAGGAAAGAACCAGAGAAUUUGAGUGACCGAACCAAACAGCCAAGCUAGCAACCGAGGCAGAGAUGGAAACUGAGUCUCCUGUCUCCAAAGUAAAUCCUCUUUCCUACAAAUCCAGCUUUCUUACAAUUCUCCAACUUCUUCUCCCUGUUUGUUUUUUUUUUUCUUUUACUGCCAAGCUAAGACGUUGAGAAAAUAAUUAUGUUGUUAUGUGUAAGUGCUUUGAGCACUUGGGACAAAUGAGCUUUAUAAAUACAAGCCAUUUUUAUUCAUCUAUCAACCAGAUCCGCUUUUCCUCCUCACCCUGGCCCUCUGCAGGGCCUUUAAGCCCUCAACAACAUUCGAAUGCCGAUGCAUGAGAGACACCAACGGCUCCCCGAGGCCAGGGCGCAGUGCAAGCUCAGCAGCUCGCUGCGUUUACACCUCAGCAAUGGGCAAGGGGGGGAAUCACCGCCUGCUGGAAAUGACACCCCCAGGGUUUUGCCCACGAAUCCUCCCCUCGCCUCUGCCCGAGACUCUCUCCAAUCCCACUCCAGAUGCAGGCGGAAGCAGUUUCCAAGUCGUAAAGCAAACCUGGUGCUGCUGCUUCUAGGACUGCACCGGCACAGCUGCCCCGGUCUCUGGGGCGUCCCGUGUGGGCCCGUCCAGGCUACGGGGCCAGUAAGUAGCCUGUAGCAUGGGCCAGUGGGAACGGACGAGCCCGCUCUGUGUGGCCAGGGGACUCGGGCUCUGAGGACAGCCACCAAAAGACUCAAGGUCUGGCUCCUCCGGGAGGAGGGCUUCUAGACCGUUCAGAGGAAACAGGACCCAUCUGUAAGAAGAGAAGCCCAGACACUGCGUCUGGAAUUACGACCCACCCUGCGAUCUGUCGCUUUUAUAUGUAUGCACGGGAGUCGAGCCGUUUCCAUAGAGAGGGAGGCUCGCAGCCCACCGAGGAGCGGCACCGCGUUUCCACGGCCGGCCGAGCGAGCGAAGUCCACUCUCGGGGCCAGUGGCCGCCUGCAAACCUGAAUUAAGCAAAACCCAUAAAUACUAGGAAGGGAGAGAUGCUGGUGCAGACCCGCCUCCUGCUGCCCCUGCUGCUGCUCCUCGGGGGCCCCCGGACAGGCCUCCCCCACAAGGUCCCCAAGGCAGACCCUGUCCUCAGCCGCCUCAACUCCGCCCUGUCUGAGGCCAGGAAGAGCCAGCCGGAGGGCGCAUCCCCGCGGGACAAGAGGAGCUCCCCCCACUACCUGCCGGGCCAAGCCUCGUCUUCCGGAGAGAAGAAGGAGGAGGAGGAGGUGGGGGAGGACAAGCAGAAAAGGACUUCCUCUGUCUCUGGGGGCAGGGGCGGGGCCUGGAGCCCCCGGUACAAGUACCUGCCCCAGGCCCAGCUCAGGGGGAAGCCGUACCAGGACAAGGCCAAGAGCGACCGGCACACCAAGUUCACCCUGUCCCUCGAUGUCCCCACCCACCUCAUGAACAUCCUCUUCCAGAUUGCCAAGGCCAAGAACCUGCAAGCCCAGGCGGCCGCCAACGCCCACCUGAUGGAGAAGAUUGGGCGGAGGAAGUAG